CCCGAGCUGGUCGACCGCGUCGUCGCCGCGGACCUCCAGAAGGCGCGCGCUGAUGAGGCGCAGUUGGUGGGCGACUGGCGAUCUCGCGUGGACCAGGCCUUGGGGAACAUGAUUGAUGGCACGUCCGCCGAGUCCACAGGGGCAUCCGGCCAGGACUCCAACAACCCCGCGGUGCAGGACCUGCUGGCCGAGCUCGAUGAUUUCAGAGUCUUGCACGCCGACGCCGAUGGGACCAAGUACGUGACUUGUGUUGCUCGCCAGGGCAAGACGACGUCGGGGAUCGCCGCCUACAGGGUGUGGCUGUGCGAGCAGGCGGCCACCCUGGCCCUGAUGAAGGCGUGGCGGCAAGGCUUCGUUCGCAAGCCCAGGAUGCCCGAGCUGAAGCCCGCUGAAGCUGCUGCUCUGGCUGAGGCUGCUGCCUCCCCCGAGAUGCUGGCUCUCGCGGAUGCCGCGACGGCGCCCGCGGAGGAUACGGCGCCCGCGGAGGAUGCCGCGACGGUGCCCGCGGAGGAUGCGUCCGCCGUGCCAUCGCUGCCCGAGGCCGAGACGCUGUCACCGACGACCCUGGAGGAGGCCACCGCCCAGCAGGUGCAGGGUGAGCCCGAGCAGCAUCAGCUGGGCACGAGUGGGCCAGGCGCGUCGGCGGCCGAGGAUGCGCCUCCAGCGGGCGCCCGUGCGGCUGCUGCGGCCGAGGAUGCGGGCGCUGUGGCCGAGGAACCUCCUCCAGCGGGCGCCCAUGCGGCUGCUGCUGCGGCCGCCGGCGCCGGCGUCGGCGGCCUGGACGCCGCCAACGGCACCAACGGCCCCAACGACGAGCGGGCGCCGCGAGAGCUCGCCAUCAUCGCGCGGGAGCCCGACCCGAUCUCGCUGGCAGACUGCGGUGAGAACAAGCUGUGCAGGCAGACCAAAGAAGGCAGUGCCGUCCGAGACCGCAUGUGGGUCGAGCAAGGCGCCAGCUUCGCGGAGGACAUGGUGUUCCACUUCGUCGGGAACGUCGUCCUAUCUGGCCCGGACCCUCCUGCGAAGCUGUGUGCGGACGCUGGUGAGGUAGUGAUCGAGUGCGGAGAUGCUGACGGAUCGCCUCUGCGCUGCCACGCGUGGAUCCUGCCGAACCCGUCCAUCUCGAAGCUUGGUGGUGCUCUGUGCGCGCCCGCUUGGUGCGCCCGCGUCGCCACCUCGGACAAGGCCACCGUCACCACGACGUUGCACACGUCCGCGCCGUUCGAUGUCACGGCGUACGACGGACCCGUACCGAUGAAGUUCACCUUGACCGUGCCGUACCUGAAGAUCGCGCCGGCGCCCAAGCCAGAGGAGCCAGAGGAGCCACCAGAGGAGCCGGAGGACGAGGAGGAGAACGCGGAGUGCCCCGUGCACGUUGAGGUAGUGCGCGAGAUGUUCGACCACGAGGUCGCCAGGAAGUCCGAGGCAGAGUCCAAGCGUAAGCGCAUGGAGGAGAAGCGGGAGGCGGCGAAGAGGAGGCGGAUCUCCCUUGACGCGGAGGACGAGGACCCGAAAGUGUUCGGCCUCUUGUCGCACAUGCUGCGCUAG